GCCUGGGAGUAGCGGGCGGCGGGGCGAGCGCAGACCAAGGCAGGGCGAGGCAGGGCAGGGCGAGCGGGCAGCGGCCCCGCCGGCAGCGGCGUCGUCAUGGUGAAGGAGCAGUUCAGGGAGACGGAUGUGGCGAAGAAAAUAAGCCACAUCUGUUUUGGGAUGAAAUCGGCAAAGGAGAUGCGGCAGCAAGCACACAUUCACGUGGUCAGUAAGAACCUGUAUAGUCAAGACAACAAUCACACCCCCUUGUCCAACGGCGUGCUGGAUCAUCGCAUGGGCACCAGUGAGAAAGACCGGCCGUGUGAAACGUGUGGGAAGAAUCUGGCUGACUGCAUCGGACACUACGGUUACAUUGAUUUGGAACUUCCCUGCUUCCAUGUUGGUUAUUUCAAAGCCAUUAUUGGAAUCUUACAGAUGAUCUGCAAAAUAUGUUCCCGUGUCAUGCUGUCUACAGACGAAAGGAAACUGUUUCUGGAUGCUUUGAAAAAGCCUGGCUUAACCUAUCUUCAGAAAAGGAGCAUGAAAAAGAAAAUCUCUGAAAAAUGUAGAAAGAAGACUAUAUGUCUAUUUUGUGGAGCGUUUAAUGGUCCUGUGAAAAAAUGUGGUUUGCUGAAAAUUAUUCAUGAAAAGUACAAGACCAAUAAGAAAGUAAUGGAUCCUGUGGUGUCCGAUUUCCUCCAGUCCUUCGAUAUAGCCAUUGAACAUAACAAAGAGAUGGAGGCUUUGCUGGGCAGAGCACAGGAGAAUCUCAACCCCCUUGUGGUGUUAAAUAUAUUCAAAAGAAUUCCCUCUGAAGAUGUCCCGCUGCUUCUCAUGAACCUGGAGGCAGGGAAGCCUGCAGACCUGGUGCUCACUCGGUUAUUAGUCCCACCACUUUGCAUUCGCCCCUCAGUAGUCAGCGACUUGAAAUCAGGCACCAACGAAGACGACCUCACCAUGAAACUGACGGAAAUCAUCUUCUUAAACGACGUAAUUAAAAAGCAUCGCAUGUCUGGAGCGAAGACACAAAUGAUCAUGGAAGACUGGGACUUCUUACAAUUACAGUGUGCACUGUAUAUGAAUAGUGAGCUUUCUGGCAUUCCUCUCAACAUGGCACCAAAGAAAUGGACCAGGGGAUUUGUACAGAGACUGAAAGGAAAACAGGGUCGAUUUCGAGGGAAUCUGUCUGGGAAACGCGUGGAUUUCUCCAGCAGGACUGUGAUUUCUCCUGAUCCCAAUCUGCGAAUAGAUGAAGUAGCAGUCCCAGUGUAUGUGGCCAAGAUCCUGACCUACCCCGAAAGGGUGACAAAGGCCAAUCUGGAACUAUUGCGAAAACUUGUGUGUAGCGGACCUGAAGUCCAUCCAGGGGCUAACUUCAUUCAGCAGCGGCACACUAAUCUGAAGAGGUUCCUAAGAUAUGGAAACAGGGAGAAGAUGGCACAGGAACUGAAAUAUGGUGACAUCGUGGAAAGACAUCUAAUUGAUGGAGAUAUAGUGCUGUUCAAUAGGCAGCCAUCGCUGCAUAAACUGAGCAUCAUGGCCCACAUAGCCGUGGUAAAACCACACCGUACAUUCAGGUUCAAUGAAUGCGUUUGCACACCAUAUAAUGCAGACUUUGAUGGGGAUGAAAUGAACCUCCACCUUCCUCAAACUGAGGAGGCCAAGGCAGAAGCGCUUAUCCUUAUGGGGACAAAAGCAAACUUGGUAACUCCGAGAAAUGGCGAGCCGCUAAUUGCAGCGAUCCAAGACUUUUUAACAGGUGCCUAUCUACUUACGAUGAAGGACACUUUCUUUGACAGAGCAAAGACAUGUCAGAUUGUUGCCUCCAUUCUCGCAGGGAAAGAUGAACGAAUCAAAAUUAGUCUUCCACACCCUGCAAUCGUGAAGCCCGUCACACUGUGGACAGGGAAGCAGAUUUUCAGUCUCAUUCUCAAACCAAACAAAGACUGUCCUAUUAAUGCCAACCUGCGCACCAAGGGGAAGCAGUACUGUGGAAAAGGCGAAGACCUCUGCUUCAAUGACUCCUUUGUCGUCAUCCAGAACAGUGAGCUGAUGGUUGGGAGCCUGGAUAAAGGAACUCUGGGCUCAGGAUCCAAGAACAAUAUCUUCUACAUCUUACUGAGAGACUGGGGACAGAUGGCAGCAGCAGAUGCAAUGUCUCGCCUUGCUCGCCUGGCUCCCGUCUACCUUUCCAAUCGGGGAUUUUCCAUUGGUAUUGGCGAUGUGACACCAGGGCGGGGACUACUGAAAGCCAAGCAGGAGCUGCUUGAUGCUGGCUACAGGAAAUGUGAUGAAUUCAUUGAAGCCCUCAAUACAGGCAAACUUCAACAGCAGCCUGGAUGUACAGCAGAAGAAACAUUGGAAGCCUUGAUUCUUAAGGAGCUCUCUGUAAUUCGAGACCAUGCCGGUAGUGCUUGCCUCAGGGAGUUGGAUAAAAGCAACAGCCCACUCACCAUGGCCCUCUGCGGUUCAAAAGGCUCCUUCAUCAACAUCUCCCAGAUGAUUGCCUGCGUGGGACAGCAAGCUAUUAGUGGAUCCCGAGUUCCUGAUGGCUUUGAGAACAGAUCUCUUCCUCACUUUGAAAAGCAUUCCAAGCUUCCGGCAGCUAAGGGUUUUGUUGCAAACAGUUUCUAUUCCGGUUUAACUCCUACGGAAUUCAUCUUCCACACGAUGGCUGGUCGCGAGGGCUUGGUCGAUACAGCAGUCAAAACGGCAGAAACAGGGUACAUGCAGAGGCGUCUGGUAAAAUCUUUAGAGGAUCUUUGCACGCAGUAUGACCUCACGGUUCGCAGCUCGACAGGUGACAUUAUCCAGUUUAUCUACGGUGGAGAUGGCUUGGAUCCCGCAGCUAUGGAAGGCAAGGAUGAGCCACUGGAGUUUAAACGCGUUCUGGAUAACAUUAGGGCCAUCUAUCCAUCCCCCAAUGAACCGCCUCUGAGUAAGAAUGAAGUGAUACUGACUUCCGAGGCAAUUAUGAAGAGAAGUGAGUUCAUGUGCUGUCAAAAUGAAUAUCUGCAGGCUAUCAGAAAUUUUAUCAAGGAAUUUUCAGAUAAGAUCAAGAAAACCAGAGAUAAAUAUGGCAUUAAUGACAAUGGAACUACCGAGCCUCGAGUUCUGUAUCAAUUGGACCGAAUAACGCCUACUCAAAUAAAUAAAUUUCUAGAAACCUGCAGAGACAAAUACAUGAGAGCCCAGAUGGAGCCCGGUUCUGCUGUUGGUGCCUUGUGUGCACAGAGUAUUGGAGAGCCCGGCACACAGAUGACACUGAAGACCUUCCACUUUGCUGGUGUAGCUUCCAUGAACAUUACACUGGGCGUACCCAGAAUAAAAGAAAUCAUCAACGCAUCAAAAUCUAUCAGCACCCCGAUCAUCACGGCACAUCUUGUUCAAGAUGACGAUGCUGACUUUGCCCGCCUGGUGAAAGGAAGAAUUGAAAAGACUUUGCUCGGGGAAAUCUCGGAGUACAUUGAGGAGGUUUUCCUGCCAGAUGACUGCUUCAUUCUCAUCAAGCUCUCCCUGGAGAGAAUCCGAUUACUGAGACUGGAGGUGAAUGCAGAAACCGUGCGCUAUUCCAUCUGCGCGUCGAAGCUGCGAGUGAAACCAGGCGACAUUGCGGUCCAUGGCGAGGCAGUGGUAUGCGUCACACCUCGAGAGAACAGCAAGAGUUCAAUGUACUACGUGCUUCAGUUUCUCAAAGAAGAGCUGCCGAAGAUUGUUGUCCAGGGCAUCCCUGAGGUCUCCAGGGCAGUUAUUCAUAUUGAUGAGCAGUGUGGAAAAGAGAAGUACAAGUUACUGGUGGAAGGUGAUAACUUACGUGCAGUCAUGGCAACUCAUGGAGUCAAAGGGAUUGAAAGCACAUCGAACAACACCUCUGAGGUAGAGAAGACCUUAGGUAUCGAAGCUGCUCGAUCCACCAUCAUCCACGAGAUCCAGUACACCAUGAAAAAUCACGGGAUGAGCAUUGACAGAAGGCAUGUCAUGCUUCUGUCGGACCUGAUGACUUACAAGGGUGAAGUGUUGGGAAUAACACGAUUUGGCUUAGCGAAAAUGAAAGAGAGUGUUCUGAUGUUGGCAUCAUUUGAGAAAACUGCAGAUCACUUGUUUGAUGCAGCCUACUUUGGACAGAAAGACUCUGUUUGUGGUGUGUCAGAAUGCAUUAUCAUGGGAAUCCCAAUGAACAUAGGAACGGGACUGUUCAAACUGCUCCACAAAGCUGACAAGGACCCAGACCCACCCAAGAGACCACUGAUAUUUGACAAUAAUGAGUUCCAUAUCUCACUGAUUACGUAGCAAGAAGUGCCUGGAACCAGGGUGACGGCAUUCUGCAACGUGUUUCAAAACCUGCAGCUGAGAUUGGGAUUUCUGUAAAAAUGCAGACCAAACUCCUGGAAACCAUCUACACCGAACUGCAGACCAUGCGAAAGAAUUGCUGCUCUAGAGAGAGUAGGUACAAGGAUAUAAUCGUUGAGUGGCUGCUAAAAUGAGAUUAAUUUCAGUGGCAAGAUUAUGGAUUUUGUUGCGAGCAUAUGGGUUUAGUAAAUUCAUGUAUUCAUAAGCUCAAGAUAUUGAGAUUUUAUGAAGCUUGGAAAUAACCUAUGACUGAUUUGAGAUGUUUAUUUGGUUCCCACGGUUCGACAGGAUUCUGUUCCUGAGAAUGAACUCACCCAAAUUGGAAUUGCUGCCACCCACAGUAUAUUUACGUGACAACACUGGCCAACCAAGGGCAAUUUGUAGUUACACCAGGGUGUGUAGUUGAACUACACAGAUGAACCUAGUUCCCACCUGGCUGGAGAUGCCUGUGGCAGCCACAAAUCCAAAAGCUGGGUCUUGCGCAGUGCUUCUU